UAGAGUUAGUCGUUUAAAAACAUCUAAGCAGACAAGAUGUUAGACAAGAAGUCAAUCUUCACUUUUUACUGCGUCGCCUUGCUAUCGCUUCUAGCUGUCGGCACUACCAGCAGAUUGAACUUCGAUAGCUAUCCGGCACCCGAGAAUGGCACUUGUUAUAAAAGAGUUCCAUAUGACGAGGCUGUGAUAGCUAAUCUUACACAAGGAUUAAUAAAAACUGAAUCGACAACGCCACCAUCCGGUAUCCAAACGUGGAUAACGAUAGUAGACUGCUGUGACGGCUACCGACGUGACGAAUACACGGAAAAUUGUGAAUUCUACUGCGAAGAAGGCUGCUUUGGUGGAAAUUGUACUGGUCCUAAUGAGUGCACUUGUGAAGAUGGUUGGCGCGCUGAUCACGGUGAAUGUAAACCAGUGUGUAGGCAGCGAUGUCCUCGAAAUGCAUACUGCUUUUCGCCCAAUGUUUGCAUGUGUCUUUUUGGCUUUGAAGAGGUCAAUGGCGUUUGCCAGCCUAUUUGUGAGCACAACUGUCGAAAUGGUGAUUGCGUUGCACCUACGGAUUGUCGAUGCCAUCGAGGAUAUUUUCUGAAUGAGACGAAGCACUGCGAGCCUAUUUGUGAGAAUGACUGUCAACAUGGUUUCUGUACGGCUCCGGGCGUCUGUUCUUGUGAUCAAGCAUAUGUGAAUCAGUCAUAUGAUUCCGAAUCAUGCGUCCCGGAAUGUCCAUCCGAGUGCGUAAACGGAGAAUGUGUCAUGCCGAACGUGUGUACCUGCAAGGCUGGCUAUCAACAAAAUGAUAAUGGAACUUGCGAGGUACACUGUGAGGAGUCUUGUCCUGAAAAUGGAUUGUGCAUUGCACCGAAUCAAUGUGGGUGUAACGUAGGCUAUUUUCUAGACAAUCAAAAGAAAAGUUGUAUUAAAUUGCCUGGCAAUUAUAAUGAAGGACAAUCAUACCCUCGGGAGCCUGAACAAAUAUACGGUACGAACAAUGCUUACAACUUGCAGCCAAACCGACCUUAUAGCAAUAUUGAUAGAACUCAUCAAACACAACGGCCGAAUUAUGAUACACCUUACAAUCCGAACGGUCACAGCGGUGUUUAUCAAACGGACAAUCCAUAUAACUACGACCAAACUAAAAGUCCAGUAGAAGUUAUAAGAUUACAAGGCCAAGUUACAACACCAAAUCCUCAAGAAGAUUUUUACGGAAACUUUGGAGGAAACCAAGCUCGACCUCGACAACCUUCCACACAGCCAGCAAUAGGUGGUAGCAUAACCUACAGAACUCCUGUAAAUGAUCCAAGGUAUACAACAGCCCAUCCAUUCGCUCCAUUAGAGCCGUACCCUACUGGAAUUCCUAAUCAAGGAUCACUAGAUAUCCGUCCAGAUAAAUUACGACCGACCGAAAAACCAUAUGGACCUUAUGACUAUAAUACCCAAAGUUCAUGGAAUUUAAAUCGUAAUCCUUACGAUAAAACGAAUCUUCAGGAACAGCGAACGCCAAAUAAUUAUCCAAAUCAAAAUCAGAAUCCUUACGACCAAAAUAGAUUUUCAGGGGCAGUAAACAGACCAUACAGUCCAUAUUUUCCUACGAAUGCUCAUAAUCAAGAAGUUAAAACUGAUCAGAAAAGACCAUCAUAUGAACCACAAUUACCUUACAGUUCGCAAACGCCAUAUAAUCCGUACGCAUCCACAAAUCCUCAAGGAACGCAAGGAGUUAAAAAUCCCUACGAAAGACCAUCAUAUAGUUCAUAUAAUUCUUACUCAUCAAACUUGCCUUACAAUCCACGACCCCCGCAAGAAGGAAAUUUAUAUACCCUUACCGAUCCUCAUGCAACAUUAAGUAUUAAAACUGGGCAGAGACCAUCUACUGAUAUCUACAGUCAAUCAUCAGCAAUGCAGAGCAAUCCACAAUUAGGGGUUGGUUUCUCAUAUGGAAUUAAUCAUUUGAAUAAACAUUCGCAAAAUGGCCUACCCAUUAAUGAGCAGCAACCAAUCCAAAUCCCUCAGACAUAUUUAGUUUCUGAUACUUAUGUUCAACCAGAAAGUAAUAUUGCUGAAAUAAUUAUCGUAGAUAGUCCGCAAGCUCCUAAUAUUGAUGAAUUUCAACCAAUCUGCAAUGGGCCCUGCAUCAAUUCACAUUGUAUAGGACUUAAUUUGUGCAUGUGUGAAAUUGGUUAUAUUCCUGAUCCUAAAAAUCCUAACGGAAAUGUAUGUGUACCUAUUUGCGACAUGAAAUGCGAGGCCAUUUCUUCUUCGUUCGUCGGACAAAGAAGAGUCAGUUUACGUGUGAGUCAUUUUUCGGAUACUACUCAAACCAUGAUUUUCAAAUCAGUAUUUAUAAUCGCCGUGUCAAUAAUAUUUAAUGUUAAUGCAGAAAAAUAUGCUUCUAAUUUUGUGGUGCCGAAAAAUUGUACCGAAACUAAAACCAUUCGGACACAAAAGUACGUACCAUAUGAAGAUAUUGGUGAUUUAAAUUAUGGAUAUAUUGUUGGUAAAUCAAAAAUUCGAGUAAAGUAUAGAUAUGAGAGCAUUGAAUUAAAUCAAACACUAGCAAUUUGUUGCGAUGGAUAUCAAAAUUAUGAUGAUAAAAGGUGUAUUCCAGUAUGUACUAAAAGUUGUGGCUCCGAAGGAAUUUGUUCUUCCCCCGAUAGUUGUUUUUGCAAUGUGGGUUAUAGAUUCGAUCCAAAUUCACGAAGAUGUGAACCAUUUUGUUCUUCGGAGUGCAUAAAUGGCUUUUGCAAGUCACCCGAAAUAUGUUCUUGUUAUGAAGGCUAUCGUAUGACGGAAAAUAAUAAUACUUGUGAACCUAUUUGCGACAGUUGCACAAAUUUCGAAUACUGUGCGGAACCGGAGAUUUGCCGUUGCAUUCUAGGCUAUGGACGGGAGUCACUCGAUAGACAACUUGGAUCUGAUUUAUAUGAGCCAUGUAACCCAAUUUGUGACCGAAUCUGCAUCAACGGAAAAUGUAUCAUGCCUAAUAUUUGUAAAUGCCAUGAAACCUAUACUAAAAUAGAUCAAUUUACUUGCGAACGUAUUUAUAUUGCUUCAAAUUUUGUAAUUCGAAAAAACUGCAGUGAAAUGAAAACUGUGAAAAAAGAAAUUACGGUUCCUCGUGAAGAAAUAUAUACUGAAAAUGUUGAAGAAUAUAGUGAUGAGGAUUAUGAUUAUAACAUGAAAGAAGUAAUAAAAAUUCGUACAGUGUACAAAACAGAGUAUAUAAUAACGAAUGAAACAACCUCGAUAUGUUGUGAAGGCUAUCAGAAUUAUGAUGAACAUCACUGCCUUCCAGUUUGCAGUAGAAAUUGUGGUCCUCACGGAAUGUGCUCGAAACCAGACACCUGUAUAUGUAACGAAGGUUACAGUAUGGACUAUAACAAUAAUUGCAAACCCGUGUGUCCAAUCGGAUGCAUUAAUGGGCAAUGCACAUCUCCAAAUUACUGUACUUGUAAUGAAGGAUAUCAUAAAGUCUUACAUGACCAUAUUUAUAUUAGAUACAUUGAUACGAAAGGUACACAAACGCCAAAAUACGUGCCUUACGAAGAAAUAUACUACACGAGAAAUUGGUUGGGAUUUAAGAAAAGAAAGACGCGUCUGAACUACAGACUAGAACAGAAUCACGUAAGUCAGCACACUCGGGCAGUCUGCUGCAAUGGUUUCCAGAGUUACGGAGUGGAUCAGUGCAUCCCCGUAUGCAGUCAGAAUUGCAGUGUAAACGGCAUUUGUGCCGCACCCGAAGUUUGCCGUUGCAACGAAGGCUAUCGCAUGGACUAUGCGAAUAACAAGUGUGAAGCAAACUGCUUGAACGAAUGUAUAAAUGGCUUCUGCAUCUCGCCAAAUCUGUGCGCCUGCAAAGAAGGUUACCAAAUGCUUCCCGAUGGCUUUACCUGCGUGCCAAUCUGCCACAAUUGUUCGCCGCUCGAAUGGUGCGUCGAGCCACAUGUUUGUCGUUGCAUCAAUGGUUACACGCGAGAUCAGAUCGAGCGUGUAGACCAUAGUGACGUAACCGAGUGCAAAGCCGUCUGUGAUCAAAAAUGCAUAAACUCUGAAUGUGUCGAGCCAAAUCGUUGCGAGUGCCAUGACGGCUACGCUGACUAUGACCAAGAUGCCUUCACUUGCGAGCCUACGUGCAGAUAUGGCUGCAAAUACGGCGAAUGCGUGGCGCCGAAUACUUGUUUAUGUUAUCCGGGCCACACUUUGCGGGCUAAUCACUCAAACAUCUGCGAUCCUGUUUGCGAACAGGAGUGUGUGAACGCGGAGUGCAUUGCGCCGGAGGUAUGUUCCUGUUACGAUGGUUACGUUCCAGAUGGACCAGACACCAGCCCCAUUUGUAAACCUUAUUGCAGCAAUGCCUGCCUCCACGGCAAAUGUACUGCUCCCGAAGAAUGUACAUGCGACGAGGGGUACUUGUGGGAUCGCGCCACCACUUCUUGCAAGCCACUUUGCACGGAAACUUGCGACAUGGGAUAUUGUACGGCACCGGAAACUUGUACGUGCUUCGACAGCUACAAGCUGUCCCAAGAGAAUAACUCUACUUGCGAGCCAAUUUGUCAGGAAGCAUGCAUUAAUGGCCACUGCACUGCACCGAACGAGUGCACCUGCGAAGACGGCUAUGAAAUGAAAAAUAAUUCAAGCUCUGCCAAAUGUAUCGUCAUCUGCGAAUGUGAGAAUGGCUACUGCAACGACGAAAGCUCGGCUUGCGAAAGUUGCGUGGAAGGUUAUGAUCUGAUGCCAAUGGCUAACAGCACCAUUUGUAAAGCUCACUGCGACGGUGGCUGUGCUCAUGGUCAGUGUGUAGAACCGCAAAAGUGCGAGUGCGACGAGUAUUAUCUCGCUGAGAACGACACCUCAGGCAAUCCUGUACUAUGCAUACAUGCCUGUGACGGUGUCUGCCUCCAUGGAAAUUGCUUGAUCGACAGGCGACUCUGCGAGUGUUCGCAUGGCUGGACUGGAAGGUUUUGUGACGAGCCCACCGUUUGCGCCAUCCAUGUGACGGACAACGAUCCAUUUUAUGCGUUGUUUAACGAAUCUCACGGCUACGACGCACUCGAAAAUGCAAAUGCCUUUGAACACCCUUGGACUGGACCUAUAUGUUCGGAUGAGUGUAGAAUGAUAAGAGAUAACACUACGAUAUGUUUGGAAGAAUUCGGUGAAACCCAUUCAAAUGCGACCUGCUUCAUAGAUAUAAAUUCUCCCUGCAAUUCACACGUGGUUGUAUCCGAUACCUACCAGAGCCAAGUGAGCGCGUCCACAAUAGCGGCGUCAACGGUCAUAUCAAUCUUGAGCAUUGUGGCGGCUAUCUGCACGGCCUUGUUCAUCAGAAAAAGAAGGAGAAUCAGAACCCUCGAGAUGUCGAAAUCAGCGCAACGAAUAAAGCUGGAAGACGCGUGUUUGAUCGAAAAUGAGACCGAUGGUAUCAGUUUGUAAUAUGUAUUAAAUAACACUUCUGCGUGA